AUGAGUCUGAAAAGGCAUAGGAGACUCCAUACUGGUGAAAGACCAUAUGUGUGUGAUUAUUGUUCGAAAGCAUUUUCUAAUUCAUCGGACUUGAACAUUCAUGUGAUAGUUCAUACUGGAGAAAAACCAUAUUCUUGUGAGUUUUGCUCAAUGUCAUUUUCACGAAGAAAAAACUUGAAGUUCACACUGAAGAAAAAACCAUUCUCCCGUGAGCUUUGCUCAAAGGCAUUUGCUCAAGCAACGAUCUUGAAAGCAUACAUGCGAGUCCAUACUGGUGAAAAACCACAUGCGUGUGAUUACUGUUCAAAGGCGUUUUCUAGUUCGAAUAACUUAAACACACAUGGGAGAGUCCAUACUGGUGAAAGACCAUAUUCCUGCGAGGUUUGCUCGAAGUCGUUUUCUCAGUUAAUGAGUUUGAAAAGGCAUAGGAGACUCCAUUCUGGUGAAAGACCAUAUUCCUGCGAGGUUUGCUCGAAGUCGUUUUCUCAGUUAAUGAGUUUGAAAAGGCAUAGGAGACUCCAUACAGGUGAAAGACCAUAUUCCUGCGAGGUUUGCUCAAAGUCGUUUUCUCAGAUAAUGAGUCUGAAAAGGCAUAGGAGACUCCAUACUGGUGAAAGACCAUAUGUGUGUGAUUAUUGUUCGAAAGCAUUUUCUAAUUCAACCGAUUUGAACAUUCAUGUGAUAGUUCAUACUGGAGAAAACCCAUAUUCUAGUGAGUUUUGCUCAAUGACAUUUUCAUAAGGAAAGAACUUGAAGGCACAUACGAGAGUCCAUACUGGCGAAAGACCGUAUGUGUGUCGACAUUGCUCAAAGUCAUAUACUGCAGCAUGGAGUUUGAAAAAACAUAUGAGAGUUCACGCUGAAGAAAAAAACCAUACUCCGGUGAACUUUGCUCAAAAGAAUACGAUUGUACCCAUCAAGGACACUCUAAAAACCAAGACAUUGAGUGUAGUUAAUUUGCAAGAUUUGUUUUAAUG